AUGGUUGGCCUUUUCAAUUUUGUCAUCGCUGCUGUCAUUGCAUUCGUCGUCGUCGUCGUCGCCGCCGCUGCCACCACCACCAUCGCUGCUACAACCACCAACUUCGUCACCGCCACCACCGCCAAAAUCACCUUCACCUCUUUCCCACCCACCACUCCUCCACCUCCACCGCCAUUGCCACCAUCGCCACCACAACCAACUUCCACGAUCAUCUCAUUAGUUGGUGGUCGUAGUGGUGGUGGAAGCGACAAAGGCGGCGGUGACGAUGGUAGUGGCAGUGGCGGCGAUGGCGACAAAGACGACGAUGGUCGUGAAUACGGUGAUGGUGGUGGUUGUGGUGAAGUUGGUGGUGGAGGCGAUGAUGGCAUUGGUAGAAGUGAUGGUGGUGGUGGCGACAACGACGGUGAUGAUGGAUGCAAUAGUGUUGGUGGUGGCAGUGAUGGUGCAAAAGGGUGA